UGUGUGAGGGUUUUGAGCGCGUGUGCUGUGGAUGUGUAAAUGCGCGAGUGUGUGGGUGUUCCUGAGCGGCGCGGAGUGCGGUUAGACGGCGGCGCCAGUUGACUCCCAAGCGCCGCGUAGCCACUACGCCUAGCCGCGUUUCGUCCGCACCGCGAUCCCAAUAACUUUGUGCACUGGAAACUUUUCAAAGCAAUUUUCGCGUGUUAUCGAAGUUCGCUUCGCGUUAUCCUCGCGAAUUACGUGUAUCGUGCUGCGGGCGUGUUUGCUGAGCGUUUGAACACGCACUUUCGCACGUGUAACCGUAUCGGUCGAUCUAUUUUUGAAUAUUCUCUAAACGCUACACCGCGAAGUUUUCGAAACGCCCGUACCGGGUUAACGCCCGCUGCACAGUGCAGUCGCAACGGCAGUGUUUUUGUUGACGGAUAACAUUUUGUGUUGUUAACCUCCGUUCAAUCUGAGAGACGUUAUCUUGGUGCGCGCGCCUGUAGUCAGUCGGUCGUGUGAUGACUUCGGAUGACCUUGUUAGUGGUUUGUCUUUGUGAGUGUCAGUGAGGGGCAGUGGUGUUUGUGCUGUAACCGGUAGUGCCAGUGAUGUGACAGUUUAUGGAAGUGUCAGGGUUGACUCGGAAUGUUCACAAAGAACGGCAAGGCUCCCGAGCGGUGCCGACACCCUCAUAGGAGCUACAAGAAGAAAAAGCCUCUGCCGCAUACACCCUGGAAGUACUUGAUGAAUUGCCCACUCGUUAGGAAAUGUUUUGGUCUACAGUUGCGCAGCAUAGAGGAGCCAGCAGGUGGCGCGGGCGGCGUUGUGCCCGCGGCCACCUGCUACGAUGCGGAAUGCGCGCGCACUGAGGCCUGGCUGGACGAGAACCAGGAAUUUGUGCAUGAUUACUUCUUAAGGAAAGCGACGCGGCAGGUGGUAGACGCAUGGCUGGUGUCGCACGCGACGCCGCCCAGCGCUGAGCUCGCGUCGCCGUCGCGGGCGGGAUCUGGUGCAACCACGCCUGUCAGAACGCAUUUCUUCGGCAGGAAGAUAUCGGCGCACGAGUUCGAGCGCGGCGGGCUGCUGAAGCCGCUGGUGACGACGGUAGACGGCACGCCGACGUUUCUCGGCGACCAGCCGCAUGCCGCGCCGUCGCGGCCGCAGCGACGCUCGCGACAUGAGCUGAGGCAGCUGGAUGAGAAAGAACUCAUUUUUGAGCUGGUGAAAGACAUCUGCAACGAACUGGAGGUGCGGGUGCUGUGCCACAAGAUCCUGCAGAAUGUGUCGAUACUCCUGGAUGCGGACCGGGGGUCCCUUUUCCUGGUGCAGGGCGAUAAGGCGGCGUCCCCGCAUCCUCAGAAUGGCAGAUGCCUCGUGUCGAAGCUGUUUGACGUGUGCUCCAAGUCCACGCCCGAGCAGAUGGAGCACCUGGAGGAGAUCCGCAUCCCAUGGGGCAGCGGGAUCGUCGGCUACGUCGCGGAGAGCGGCGAGCCCGUCAAUAUACCCGACGCUUACAAAGAUGAACGGUUUAACCACGACAUCGACCAGCAAACAGGGUACAAGACGAGAUCGUUACUAUGCAUGCCUAUCAAGGACAUCAAUGGAGAAGUUAUUGGGGUUGCUCAGGUGAUUAACAAACAGAACGACGGCCCGUUCACAGCGAACGACGAGAAAGUGUUCGCGUCGUACCUCCAAUUCUGCGGCAUCGGGCUGCGGAACGCGCAGCUGUACGAGCGCUCGCAGCUGGAGGUGAAGCGCAACCAGGUGCUGCUCGACUUGGCGCGCAUGGUGUUCGAGGAGCAGAGCACCAUCGAGCACAUGGUGCUAAGGAUACUCACACACACGCAGAGUCUCAUAAGGUGUCAACGAGUACAGGUCCUUCUAGUCCACGAAGCGUCGAAAGGCAGUUUCUCCCGCGUGUUCGACCUGGAGGCGGGCGACGAAACAGAACCGGGCACGCCUAGAACGUCUCCCUACGAGAGUCGCUUCCCCAUCAAUAUAGGGAUCACCGGCUAUGUGGCCACAACGGGAGAGACUGUGAACAUAGCGGACGCGUACCUAGACGCCCGGUUCGACCCGUCGGUGGACGAGGGCACGGGCUUCAAGCACAACACCAUCUUGUGUAUGGCCAUCAAGAACUCCGAGGGCAGGAUCAUCGGAGUCAUUCAGUUAGUAAAUAAAUUCGACGAGCUGCUGUUCACGAAGAAUGAUGAGAACUUCGUGGAGGCGUUCGCGAUAUUUUGCGGGAUGGGCAUCCACAACACGCACAUGUACGAGAAGGCCAUCACGGCCAUGGCCAAGCAGAGCGUUACUCUUGACGUUUUAAGUUACCAUGCAUCCGCUACAUUAGAUGAUGCACAGCGGUUACGAGUAAGUAAUUUAUAUUUCCAGACGCUAAGGAUAGCCUCGUCGGCGCACUUCAGCCUCCACGAGCUGGACUUCGACGACAUCCACAUGAGCGACGACGACACGCUCACCGCUUGCCUGCGGAUGUUUCUGGACCUGGACUUUGUCGAGCGGUUCCAUAUCGACUACAGCGUGCUGUGCCGGUGGCUGCUCAGCGUUAAGAAGAACUAUCGGAAUGUCACUUAUCAUAAUUGGAGACACGCUUUUAACGUCGCGCAGAUGAUGUUCGCUAUUUUAACUGAAACCCAGUGGUGGAAGAUCUUCGGCGAGCUGGAGUGCCUGGCUCUGAUCAUCGGCUGCUUAUGCCACGACCUUGAUCAUCGAGGGACCAAUAACUCUUUCCAGAUCAAGGCAUCGUCACCCCUAGCGCAGCUGUAUUCGACGUCCACCAUGGAACACCACCACUUCGACCAGUGUCUGAUGAUCCUCAACUCUCCCGGCAACCAGAUACUGUCCCAUCUGUCCUCAGACGAUUAUGAGAAGGUCGUCAAGGUACUUGAAGACGCGAUUUUGUCGACAGACCUGGCAGUAUACUUUAGCAAACGCACAUCCUUCAUCGAGCUGGUCGAGCAGGAGCGCGCAGUGACCGCGGAGUGGGGCGAGUGCGAGGCGCGGCGCGGGCUGCUGCGCGCCAUGCUCAUGACGGCCUGCGACCUGGCCGCCAUCACCAAGCCCUGGCCCGUCGAGCGGCGCGUGGCGGCGCUCGUGGCUGGCGAGUUCUUCAGGCAGGGGGAUCUCGAGCGGCAGAACUUGAACUUGACUCCUAUCGAUUUGAUGAAUCGGGAUAAAGAAGAUGAGCUGCCGGCCAUGCAAGUCAAAUUUAUCGACACAAUCUGCUUGCCCAUUUAUGAGGCAUUCGCAGUCCUAUCGCCGAGCCUACAGCCAAUGCUAGACCGAGUCAAAAGCAAUCGAGCGCACUGGAUCGAGCUAUCCAACAACGACAAGAACGACUACAUGGACAAGGAGCCAGAAAGAGACAAGUCUAGCCUCAGCUCCCACGUCGAGGACACCGAUACGUACGAGGGAGACAGCAGCGGCGCUGUCAGUUUAUCUUCAGAGACUAAUUUCAAGUAUGAAAACCUCGAAAACCCAGUCGUAGGGCUGCUAGCAAACAACGCGCUCGCGCUCACAAAUCAGGGUAAAUUCAACAACGUCAAUGACGUCAACUGAGACGCAUUCGAUGUUUGGAAGGCCAAUAGAGAAGCCAAAUCGUCCAAUUAGAUAGUUUAGCGUAAGAUCCGUAUCCCGCACAGCACAAGACUUUCGUAUUUUUAAUUUGGGAGAUUUUACUUUCAACCAGCGAUUUCUGUAAUUUGUUUAAUGUAAAUCGAUGUUCCUAUUGGUCUGACUGGGAGGUAUAUUUCACAUGGCGGGCGUAGUAACAGAUGUGUGAUAUUUAUGUAGUAAAUAGUUGAUAUAGUCAAAUGAAUUUCCCAUAACGCAUGGCGUUUAAUAAGUAACUUGUCACCUGUCGCUGCACUAUUUUUGUACACUUCAUUUACUAACAUUUUUAAUAAAAAAGUAAUAUACUUCGAAGUCUGUAACUAUGUAUUAAAUUUUACCCGUUAGAAAGGAUAACGAAAUAACUUCUAUUUCAAUGUAUUUAUGAUGAUAAAACUUCUAAAGGGAAGGUUUAUCGUAAGAUACGAAUGUAUGAAAUUUUCAGUGCCCAAUGAGUUUUUAGUCGAAAAUAUAACUAAAUGACAUUUAAUUGUUUACUAGAUUUUAAGUAUCGUAACGUGUCAAACAUAAAUGACCAAGAAACCAAAAAGUCUUAUUGUACUAAAUUAUUAUUAUUGUUUUUGAAUUCACUCCGUAAGCUUUGAGUAUUACGAAUGAAUUUCGGUACUGUUGUUUUAAAAUUUAGUUUAGAUGGAGCAUAUCGAACGAUAGAUUGUUUAAAAAUGUAAAUUAACUACUAGCACAAUGUAAAUAAUAAUCAAGAAUGUUACUAACAAAAUAAUCUUCACUGAGUACUUAUUUUCGCUUGGGCAUUUUUUGCCAAAAUCGUUAAAUGUUAAAGUGCCGAAAUGGCGUCUGGGUCAUAUAUAUCCAUGAUAUACAUAUCUAUAAGUCUGGAUCCUAUUAGGCUUGACACGAUGAAUUUCUUAAUUUGGUUUAGUAAAGCCCUCGUCGUGAAAAUGCUAAUAGAAAUGACAUACCCCACACGACUUGACAUUUGACGACUUUUGACACAAAACGCCGCAGCGCUUAUUUUAUAUUCGAGUCUUAAUGGGACCGGGAAAACUUUGUCUAUCUUGUCCUUAAGGAACAGUGGCCUCGCAAGUUUAGUUACAGGACAUCCUCAAGGAGUUGUAUUUCCAGUUGAAUCCAGUGUUGGUAACGACUCGCGCCCUUCGAGUCCACCCUUUAUUUUUUUAUAAGUUCUUAUGUUUUUAAUACCAUAUAACUCUUGUGAGACUAGAGUCCUUUUUAAAGCUUUUUUUUUCGUGUUCUUCUUCAUGGUCUUUUGUAACGUUGUCUUUCAAUAACUAUGGUUUUCUUUCUUUGAUAUAACGACAGGGUUCUUAAUAGGCUGACUUGACUACUAAGAAGAGUCGAAAAACUUCAACCCUAUAGCGGGCAUAAGUGUGUCAGAAAUUAUGAAAAAUUGAACCCUAUAUAUUUGCAAUAAUGUUCAUAAUCACAGUAAGAAAUAUUCGUAUAUGUAUUUCUUCCUAUCGCUCGACGCAGAAGCAGCAGAGAGGCAAAUAGACGAAACAUUAAUUCAAUAUUUGCGGUAGCUCCCCUGUGACCGAGUUGAGCUUUAAAUUUAGACUCGUGAGAGUCGAGUCAUUACCAACUCUAAUAGAAUCCGCAUGUUUUCUUAUUACCUCAUUAAAUCGUUAAAAGUUGUUAGACAGUUACGGUACCCGAUAAUCCAUUCCAAUCUUUGUACCUACCUUAAACCACUCGUGUAUGGCCGAUCAAGUAAACGAUAUAAGACCUAAUAUUAAGGCCCUUCGUCCCGAGGACAGAUUUAUCGUGAAAGUGGCCCAUAGUAAAUUAAAAUCGUCAAUUAACGUAAAGUUAAUACAAGUUAGAAUGUAUUUAGCACUUUUUCUGUAAAUUUAUUUCGUGCUUUGUCCAAAUAAAUUAAUGAUUGUCAUUGUAAUUCCUGAUAAAUCUUAUAAUCAAAAUGGUUUUCGAGUUAUAUGAAAACUUUAAUGUACUUACUCAUUCCAUGUCAAAAUAGUAAUUAUUGAAGUUUAAUCUGGCUUAUUUCCUAUAAACAAGACAAGACUUUGACCAAUUUGUUCCGUAAAGGAAAAUAUGCAAAGAUAAUAUUUUCUAUUUGGAAUAUCUCUCUAUAAGCAUUAGGCAGUGUUAUGUAUUAAACACUCAAUUCCUUGUAAUUUAAUAUAACAUCUGAAUAAUAUACGCAGAUAUUUGUGUAUUUGUUGGACCAUAUUUGUCCGUUCGGGUGUGUUCGGCCCUUGGAAUGCAUGCGAUUCAACAUCUUUAUCUUAUUAGAUAAUGCAUCGUGUGGGCGGUGCGUUAUAUUGUGUGGUCAUAUUUUGAUGGUAAAAGUAAGGUUUGCUUAGGGUUGGACAUUUCAUGACCGAAGGUGAUUAAUACAUAACCAACGCCCUAAAUAUUUUACAUGAAGAAAAUCUCAAAUUAAUUGUGGUAAUAAACUAUGUACAACUAUAAUAUUAAGAUUGCUGUAAGUAUUAUUAGAAGUAAAUAGACAAUUAAUAAUUGUAAUUCACUAAAUGAAGAGUUGUAUGGUGUGUGAAUAUGGAGGUUGUUUUGUUCCAAACAAAAAUGUUAUUUAUUUAUGAUUAAACGAAAUUUUAAAUACU